AUGGUUUCUUCGAAGAUCAACGGAUUGCGUGAGACGUCCGGAACACCUCGCUUGAAACUGGCAGCCAAGACUCGCCGACAAUCGUUGACCACCCAUCCAGUAUCUGUACCGCCUUUUCAGCACAAAGAAACAUCGACAGGGUGCACUCAAGGGCAGCUUCCCGUGAUACACGAGGUUCCCCAGACAUGGGAUGUAUGCGUGCAUGAUGUGAUCCGCGAGAGAUGCCAGGAAGCGCCAGGUUCACCCGCGGUCAUUGCGUGGGACGGGGCCUUCACGUACGGGGAACUUGACGAGUUAUCAGAUCGCAUUGCGUCGGCACUGAUGCAGGCAGGCGUGACACCCGAGACAUUCGUCCCAAUCUGCAUGGAGAAGUCACGGUGGACGACAGUGGCUGUCUUGGGCGUGAUUAAGAGCGGGGCCGCGUUCGCGCUGCUCGAUCCAUCCUAUCCCCUGGCUCGACUUCAAACCAUCUGCCAGGAUCUGGCAAGUGACAUCAUUCUGUCAUGUGCAGCUCAACGCGAAGCCUGCAUGCACCUGGCAAAUGUCAUGGUCGUGGAACACUUGAUCCAAGCGUGGUAUCCCAAUCCCCAGACCUACCGGCCAUCAUUGACAGUCCGGCCGGCAAAUGCUCUCUACGUGGCGUUCACCUCCGGAUCAACCGGCAAGCCAAAGGGAGUCGUAAUCGAGCAUAAGGCGUACAGCUCAGGGGCUAAGGCACACCUCCAGCAGUUUGGAAUUGAUCGGACCUCUCGGGUUCUGCAGUUUGCAUCCUACGCUUUUGACGUCAGUGUCAUGGAGACGUUAAGUACACUGAUGGCAGGUGCCUGCCUUUGCGUGUUGGGAGACGGCCAACGAACGGAUACCACUUUGUUCAUCGACACUCUGAAGCGGCUCCAAGCAACUCACGCUUUUCUGACACCGUCCUUUGCGCGAGCCGUGCCGUGGGACGGAGUCGGCCGGCACUUCACCACGUUGAUCCUCGGCGGGGAGGAAAUGCGCGCCUCUGAUGUUGUUACGUAUGCUCGGCGAGGAAUCCGGUUGAUGAACGCGUACGGCCCAGCAGAGUGUGCUGUCAACGCCACGGUACAAGUCGGCAUACAGCCUGGGGACAAACUCAAUUGCAUCGGCCACCCUACCGGUGCGGUGGCGUGGGUGACUGAUCCGGACAAUCCAGAGCGGCUGAUGCCGCCGGGGAGCAUGGGAGAACUGCUGCUGGAAGGGCCUAUUGUUGGUCGCGGCUACCUGCACAACCUGGAAGCCACGAACCGGGCAUUUAUCAACCCGCCGGAAUGGCUGCGAGCGGCUCGGACGUUGCCCGGCCAGGAGACUUCGUACAGAUUGUAUCGCACAGGGGACCUGGUGGUGCAGGAGCGCAACGGGGCGGUUACUAUCCUCGGACGCAAGGAAGGCCAAGUGAAGAUUCGCGGGCAACGCGUGGAGUUGGGCGAGAUUGAACAGCACAUCUAUCAGCUUCUUCCCCCGCCGACGGAGGUGGUGGUCGAGAAAGUGACCACUUUAUCCGACCAACGCGACAGUCUGGUUGCUUUUGUCCUGCAGAGAGGAAAGACUGACGAAACAAGCGGCAAGUCAAGUCCGUUGUUCUUGGCCCCUCAGCCUGCUGUGCUCCAGGUAUUUGGCGCUGCUCAGAGCCAGCUUCAGGAGCGACUCCCCAGUUACAUGAACCCCUCCGUCUUCAUUCCCCUCGCCCGAGUCCCUUUGACUCGGUCAGGAAAGGUCGACCGCGCCCUUCUGCGCGCAUCGGCAGCCCGCUUAUCGCGACACGAGCUGCAAGCGUUCGCAGGGUUAUCCAGUCACCAUGACGAUCGUUCUGCCGCCACCAUGGCAGAAUCCACGUUGCAGCGCCUAUAUGCAGAAGUGCUCGGGCUUCCUAUCACUACGAUUGGCAUGAAUGACUCUUUCGUCCGCCUCGGAGGCGACUCCAUCCUCGCCAUUCGUCUAGUGGGAGCCGCCCGCCAAGCAGGGCUUAUAUUUACCGUUCGAGACGUGCUGGGAACGAAGCGCCUGGAGGAGCAUGCGCGCACGGCCGUUCUCGUAUCCGAAGACUCACCCUUCGGAACUAAAGGCGCUGGUGAUGACUACGUUCCUUUUUCGUUGUUGGGUUCCGAGGGGGAGCAGACGCGCGCCGAACUGCUGCGCCUAGCAGCGGAACAAUGUCGCGUUGCCACAGAGGAUAUCGAGGACCUAUAUCCAUGUACGCCACUGCAGGAGGGCAUGGUGGCCAUGUCGAUGCGCCAGCCACACAUGUACGUUGGCCGAAUCGUUUUUCGUAUCCCGGAAGAUGUCGACCUUACCCAACUCCAGGGCGCAUGGCAGGCCACGGUGGAUGCCAACGCCAUACUCCGUACGCGCAUCAUCCAAGGGUCUCAGGGGCUCUGGCAAGCCGUGGUGGCGCGAGGUCAGGGGCUGUUUUGGGAAACCACGGCGGACUCUCCUGCAUGGACGACCGAGGCGACCUCUUUGACCACGAGUUAUCUGGGUGUGCCGCUCGUACGAUGUACGCUUGCACAAAGGGAGUUCGCCCUCGUUGUCCACCACGCGGUAUGGGACGCCUGGUCGAUGCGGCUGAUCCACGAUGAAUUCGAGCGGGCCUUCCAAGGAGAGUUCCUGCGAGAACGGCCCUUCUACCCAUUCAUCCAGUAUCUACAGGGAAUAGAAGGCAUGGACGAAUUCUGGCGCAACGAACUGGCUGACUGUGAGGCACCCGCUUUCCCAGCGCUGCCCUCGAUCCACCAUCAACCAGCCCCAACCGCGAUGUUCCAGCACCGCAUUGAAAACAUCGAGCGGACGUCUCGCAGUCAAACCAUGGCCAAUUACCUGCAGUUGGCCUGGGCACUUCUCAUAGCUCACUACACCGACUCCGCGGAGGCUGUAUACGGUAUGACUGUCAGCGGGCGCAACGGGCCCCUAGUUGGCAUUGACGAGCUGGCAGGCCCGACCAUAGCCACGGUGCCGAUGCGCGUAAGCCUGCAGCCAUCGGAUUCCAUAACCGCGGCGUUAGAGCAAAUACAGGCCCGCGGGGUGCGCAUGAUUCCGUACGAGCAGGCCGGGUUGCAGCGUAUCGCACGCACAAGCGCCGACGCGGCCAAUGCAUGCCGCUUUCAGAGCCAUCUCAACAUUCAAGUCGCCGACGAUCACGCGGACAGGCGCUUUCCCGUGGUGCAGGGAACCGUAGUUAGUGGUAUGGACCUGUCUCGCUUUUCCAGCUACGUCCUGAACCUACUUCUGGAGCUGAACCCUGAUAAUGGCACGGUCACUGUGAAUACAACGUAUGACCCGAAGAUUCUAACAGCCGCCGAGGUCGAGCGCAUGGUCCACCAGUGGGAGCAUCUUCUGCGCCAGAUUUGCCGAUCACCGACGGCAGCCAUUCAAGAGCUGGACCUCGUUGGCUCGCGUGAUUGGGAGCAGAUCCAGGCGUGGAAUGCUGUCGUGCCGCUCGCGGACCGCCGCUGCCUACACCACCUUGUGCGGGCACAGGAGAUGCGCCAUCCAGACCGUCUAGCCGUAUUCGCCUGGGAUGGUCAGCUCACAUACCAGCAACUAGCAGCCCUGGCAUCCAGGCUCGCCCGACGACUUCGUCUAUUGGCGGUUGGCCGCGGGUCGUUCGUGCCAAUUUGCCUGGACAGGAGCCGCUGGUCCAUCGUCGCCAUCCUCGGGGUGCUCCAAGCUGGCGCUACCUGUGUCCUUUUGGAUCCUCAGCACCCACGACAACGCAUGCGGGACAUCGUCGCCGGCCUGGAUGCCCACCUUUUCAUCAACGCGCCGACGACAGCCACGGUGACCAAGGGACUCGGUGCAAUCGAACUCCAGCUGUCAGCGAGACUCACCGAGCAGUUAUGGGGACAUACCGGGGAGCAGGCCUCAAACCAAAUGUACAACAACAACCCGAACGUAGACCCGGAAGAGCUGGCUUUCGUGAUCUUCACCUCUGGAAGUACGGGACAGCCCAAGGGAAUUGCCAUGCCGCAUCGCACAAUCAGCACCAGCAUCCGCCACCACAGUGCCGCCAUGAAAAUUGACGAAAAUACACGUGCCCUACAUUUCUCAUCGUAUGCGUUUGACGUCAGCAUUUACGAGAUCUUCACGACGCUCGCCGCAGGCGGCUGUAUCUGCGUGCCAUCGGAGCACGAGCGCACCAAUCAGCUGGCCGAUUUCAUUCAACGGGCCGCCGUGAAUUGGACAUUUCUGACACCAUCAGCCGUACAGGCCCUCAAUCCGUCUGAGGUUCCAAGCCUCACCACCCUGGUCCUGGGUGGUGAAGCGGUAACGCAAGAGAACGUCCACACCUGGGCUACCCCCGAUCGUUCGCUGAUCAACGGUUAUGGGCCAGCCGAAGCGACAAUCUGCGCCGUGGGCUCGAUCCCGGAGAAUGGCUGGAGACCGGGGCGCAUCGGCCACGUCGUUGGCGGAAUAGGGUGGGUCACUUUGCCCUCGGAUCCUAGCCGGCUGGCGGCUGUCGGGGCUAUCGGAGAGCUGCUACUCGAGGGGCCAUUCCUCGCCCAGGGCUAUCUCCACCGGCCCGAGAUCACGGCCGCUUCAUUCAUCGAUCCUCCUGAGUGGCGCCGGCAGUGGACUCCCAGCCGACCCGCUGACGACAGCGAGACUGCCCAGCCGCACGAGACGCGGCUCUAUCGAACGGGGGAUCUUGUACAAUACCAGGAAGACGGAUCGAUUCGAUACCUUGGGCGUCGGGAUACGCAAGUCAAGCUCCGCGGUCAGCGCAUUGACCUCGGAGGGGUUGAAACGCAUGUCGGACGGCUGUUUCCCGGCGCCGGCGACGUGGCUGCGGAAGCUAUUCAGCUUCCCGUGCUGUCUAACACCACCUUGUUGGUUGCCUUUGUCCACUGCCGGGAAGGCCAUGGCACGGUCGUAGAGGAAGGGCCGGUCCCUGUCGAUACCAUUGCAGGCUUCCGAGAUGCCGUUGAUCAGACACAGUCCCGCCUUCAGUCGCUGCUUCCAUCGUACAUGGUGCCCUCUAUGUUUGUACCCGUCGGCCGGAUGCCGAAGACUGUGACAGGCAAGACAGACCGCCGUCGUCUGCGCCAGGCAGUGCUCUCGCUGUCGGCACUAGAUCUCCAGAGUUAUCGUGUGAUGACCAGCCGCCAGGCGAUCGUUCCCGUUGCGACUGACGCAGAGCGACGUCUCCAGGAAAUCUGGGCGCAGGUGCUUCGGGUGCCGCGGGAGGAGAUUGGAUCAAACGACGGGUUCACGGUGCACGGAGGAGACUCGGUAUCGGCCAUGUGGAUGGUGGCCUUGGCCCGUCGCGCACAUUUCAACUUUACCAUCGCCGACGCCCUGAACAACCAGCCCCUAUGCGACCUGGCAAGAAACACCAAACAAGAAACCGCAUUGCCUUCCGCAGCGACGGAGCUGGUGUCGUCCUCAGCCACUGCAUCAACGAACAGGAUGCCAAGUCAUCAAAUUACAGCUGCCCUCGAACAGACCGGGCUGUCCUUAGUCCCAGCUGAAGAUAUCGCCGUUCAUCCAACCACGCAGGCCCAGGCCUUCCUCAUCCAGCGGUAUCCUUGGACCCACUGGCGAUUUUCAUUCCCCGGGCAUGUCGAUCCGGACCUCCUGGGUACGGCAUGCACGCGCCUUGUGGCUGCCCACAGUAUCCUGCGCGCUCUGUUUGUUCGGCCAAGUGCCGGAGCUGCUCCGGUACAGGUCAUCCCGAAAGCACUCGACACCCCUUUCCACACCGUUACCAGCCCCGAUAACAUUGACAUAGACGACUACUGUCAAACAUUGUGCAACGCGGAGCAAGAGCUGGAUGUUCUUACUACCGUGCCACCCGCUCGAUUCACGCUAGUCUCUAAUCCCCUUCGUACGGCACAGACUCUUAUCUUGCGCCUAUCUCAUGCCCAGUAUGACGGGAUCUGCGUGCCUAAAAUCGUGGCCGAUCUGGAGGCCCUCUACAACGGGACAGUCCCAAUCACCGCGACGCGCUUCGAGAGGUAUCUCGACGAGCGGCGUGAGCACAAAGACUCAGCGCUGGCCCACAAAUUCUGGCGCGAGUAUCUGGCCGGCUCGAGUCCCUGUCCCGUCUCGAUCCUUGCUCCGAGCUCUCUUGUUUCCGGUCAACGCGCCUCAUCUCUUGUGUCAGCAUCCCAAACUCUCGGAUACACCGCUCUGCCCCCUCAGAUGACUCUUGCAACGGUUGUCAAAGCCGCUGCGUGUCUUGUUCUAGCACGCCACGCCGGUCGCACCGACAUCGUGGUGCGGCAGACCGUCAACGGCCGCAGCCUGCCCCUUACCCAGAUCGACGAGGUGGUCGGGCCUUGCGUCAACUUCAUCCCAUUCCGGGCCACUUUGAAUGCGGCCAUGACGGUGCAGGACUACCUGUUGUAUACGCAGACGCAGCAUACGCGCAGCCUCAGCUCCGAGAACGUUGAGCUCGACACGAUCAUCCGAGAAUGCACCAACUGGGGGCCAGCGACGGUGUCCAGGCCCGGCUUUAUCCUGCAGCAUCAGAAUAUUGACAUGGAUCUACAGCUAAGCCUGGCAGGGAACCGUUGCGUCUCACUUGCUUCAUCUGGCCGACUGCGUCCAGGGUCUGAGAUCUGGAUUUGUUCAACGCCUCGACCAUCAGGGGUUGAGGUGGAGGUUAUCGCCUCCGAGCGAGCUCUGACGGCAGAGGCAGCGAAGAACUUGACUGUCGAAGUGAUCGACGUGAUGCGUUCUCUGCUUGAUGGCGGCAAGAGGGUACUGGGAAGCUUUGACGGGAUGAAAUGGGAUGACUGAGUGUAACUCCCUAGUGUGCUACGCGU